GAACAUAUUUUACAUUUACCAUCUCCUUGAGAAUCAUGAAAAACCAGAGCUGUGUCACUGAGUUCAUAUUCCUGGGGCUUUCACAGAACUCAAAAGUUGAGAAAGUACUAUUUGUUGUAUUUUUGAUGAUCUACCUUGCAACUAUUGGAGGCAACAUGAUAAUUGUGGUGACCAUCAUCUACAGCCCUGCACUACUUGCUUCCCCCAUGUACUUCUUCUUGAUAUUCCUGUCCUUCCUGGAUGCAUGCACCUCUUCUACUGUAACACCAAAGAUGAUUGUAGACUUCUUCUAUGAGAGAAAGACCAUUUCCUUUGGCUGUUGCAUGACUCAACUGUUUGCUGUCCACUUCUUCACUGGAAUGGAGGUGAUUCUCUUGUCAGCCAUGGCCUAUGACCGCUAUGUAGCCAUUUGCAAGCCCCUUCACUACUCUUCCAUCAUGAACUGGAAGCUCUGUGGCAAUCUUGUGAUGGUGGCCUGGACAGGAGGCUUCUUGCAUUCUAUCAUACAAAUUAUCUUCACUUUGCAGCUGCCCUUCUGUGGACCCAAUAUUAUUGAUCACUACAUGUGUGACUUGUUCCCAUUGCUGAAGCUUGCCUGCACUGACACAUACAUAUUUGUCAUUUUGGUGUUUGCCAACAGUGGGUCUAUAUGCAUCAUAAUCUUCUCUAUUUUGCUUGUCUCAUAUGGUGUCAUCUUGUACUCUUUGAGAGCUCACAGCUCUGAAGGGAAAUUUAAAGCUCUCUCCACCUGUGGAUCCCACAUUACUGUUGUGUUUUUUUUCUUUGUUCCAUGCAUAUUAACAUAUGCAAGGCCUACAUCUGCAUUCUCCUUUGAGAAAAAUGCUGUUGUGUUUACCACAGUCUUGACACCAUUGCUCAAUCCUAUGGUUUACACUUUCAGGAAUAACAAAAUGAAGAACUCAAUCACAAAAUUGUGGAAUAAACUGAUAGUUUCUGACAAAUAUUAAAAAUUACCAUUACUGUGUUCUGGAAAUGGAUUUGUGGGUAAGAUAACU